UCCCCCCUCCUUCCUCCCUUCCGCCCCCUCCUCCCUUCUAUGAGAAGAAAACUUGGUUGGAUUUAAUAUAUUUCUUUGGGAUCGGAAGGAACUCCUGCCUGCUGGAUCUGGUUUAGACGCCCGAUAGACAAGUUCCAUGUGAAUGGUUUAAUAAACUCCAUUCUGCAUCCUGGUGAUUCUGUGGUCCAGUUCAGAAACUGAUUGAUUCCUAUGGUGUGAAUUGGAAGAGGUGCAGUGAUUCGGAAUGUUGGGUUUGAAAGCUCAGGGAAGAAGCAGCAGGGAGAAAAAAGUAACACAGUGUGCCUGAAAAUGACAACAAAGCGGAAUUUGUUUGUGCGGCUGGUGCCAUGCCGCUGUCUGCGUGGAGAGGAGGAAACAGUCACUACGCUUGAUUAUUCUCACUGCAGCCUGGAACAGGUGCCUAAAGAGAUUUUUACUUUUGAAAAGACCUUGGAGGAACUCUAUUUAGAUGCUAAUCAGAUUGAAGAGCUUCCAAAGCAACUUUUUAACUGUCAGUCUCUGCACAAGCUGAGUUUGCCAGACAAUGAUCUAACCACAUUGCCAGCAUCCAUCGCAAAUCUCAUUAAUCUCAGGGAACUGGAUGUCAGCAAGAAUGGCAUACAGGAGUUUCCAGAAAACAUAAAAAACUGUAAAGUCUUGACAGUUGUUGAGGCCAGCGUAAAUCCAAUUUCAAAGCUUCCAGAUGGAUUUUCCCAACUGUUAAACCUAACACAGCUGUACCUGAAUGAUGCUUUUCUUGAGUUCUUGCCAGCCAACUUUGGCAGAUUAACUAAGCUCCAGAUUUUGGAACUUAGAGAAAACCAGUUAAAAAUAUUGCCAAAAACCAUGUCCAGACUGACUCAGCUGGAGAGACUGGACUUAGGAAGUAAUGAAUUCACAGAAGUGCCUGAAGUACUCGAACAACUGAGUGGGUUAAAGGAAUUUUGGAUGGAUGGUAACAGACUAACACUUAUCCCAGGGUUCAUAGGUACCUUGAAACAGCUGACCUACUUGGAUGUUUCUAAAAACAAUAUUGAAGUGGUUGAAGAGGGUAUUUCAGGUUGUGAAAGCCUACAAGACCUACUGUUAUCCAGUAAUUCACUUCAGCAACUGCCAGAGUCCAUUGGUUCCCUGAAGAAGGUAACAACGCUUAAAAUUGAUGAAAACCAGUUAAUUUAUUUGCCAGACUCCAUAGGAGGGUUAAUAUCAGUAGAAGAACUGGACUGUAGUUUCAAUGAGAUUGAAACAUUGCCUUCAUCUGUUGGGCAACUCUCUAACAUAAGGACAUUUGCUGCAGAUCAUAACUUUUUAACACAACUGCCACCAGAGAUAGGAAACUGGAAGCAUGUAACAGUGUUGUUUCUGCAUUCUAAUAAGAUUGAAUUUCUCCCUGAAGAAAUGGGUGAUAUGCAGAAAUUAAAAGUCAUCAAUCUGAGUGACAAUAGACUGAAGAAUUUGCCCUUUACCUUUACAAAACUGCAGCAGCUCACUGCUAUGUGGCUGUCAGACAAUCAGUCUAAACCACUUAUCCCUCUUCAAAAAGAAGCUGACCCUGACACACAAAAAACAGUGCUUACUAAUUACAUGUUCCCCCAGCAACCAAGGACUGAGGAUGUUAUGUUCAUAUCUGAUAAUGAAAGCUUCAAUCCGUCUUUGUGGGAGGAACAGAGGAAACAGCGUGCUCAGGUGGCUUUUGAAUGUGAUGAAGACAAAGAUGAAAGGGAGGCACCACCUCGGGAGGGCAAUCUGAAGAGAUAUCCAACUCCAUAUCCUGAUGAACUGAAGAAUAUGGUCAAAACAGUCCAGACAAUUGUACAUAGGCUGAAGGAUGAAGAAUCUACUGAAGAUAUUGCCAAGGAGUCAAAACGAGAAGGCCAGACAGUUUCUGUAAAAGAUGUGGGGGUAAAGACUUCAGAAAUUGCUCCGAGCACUGCAAAUUCACAGAUGACUGCACUUGUUAAAACCUUAAAGAACACAAAAACAAUUGUCAACCAUGAAGACACGCUUGAGGAGUCGGAAGAACUCUCCUCUGAUGAAGAGAUGAAAAUGGCAGAAAUGCGGCCACCACUGAUAGAAACCUCCAUAAACCAACCCAAAGUGGUAGCUCUUAGCAAUAACAAAAAAGAUGACUUAAAAGAUGCUGAUUCCUUAUCAGAUGAAGCCACCCACAAUAGCAAUCAAAAUAACAGCAACUGUUCAUCUCCUUCUCGAAUGUCGGAUUCCGUUUCCUUAAAUACUGAUAGUAGCCAAGAUAUUUCUCUCUGUUCUCCAGACAAAGAAACACAUGCAGCUGCUUUGUCCAAAAUCAGACGUGAAGAUGAAAAUUUGAAUAAUCUCUUGCAAAAUGGAGGUGAAUUAAGCAUUACAGUAGAAGAAAAAAUAAAUGUGCAAGACAAGGUUACAAAUCUGUCCAAAUAUGAUUUAAGCAUUGAAGAAAGAUUAGGCCUGAUAGGAAAAGAUGUUGAUCUAAACGCUCCUACUGAGGAGUCUCACAAAUUAGAUCAAAUAAACAUGAACAUCAAUAGGCUGGCUAGUGAAGAGGCAGUGCCAGUUCCCAUAGAAAGAUUAAAAUCACAGGAAAUAGCAUCAUUAAAAGGGUUUUUGAAUAACAAUAUGAAAGAAGAAAACGAGCACUUGGAAAAUGGAAAUAAAUAUCCUAUAAGUAAAGUAAAUGGACAUCCUGAGGAAGUAGUACCGUCUCCCAUCAGAGAUGAAGUGACGCGAAGCACUACAGUUGAUGGUGAUUCUUCUGCUGAGCUGUCUAUUUCAAAGAGCACUGAAGAUCUGUCCCCACAGAGAAGUGGUGCUGUGGUAAAAUCUCACAGUAUCACCAGUAUGGAUACUGGUGGUCUGAAAAUCUAUGAUAUUGUCAAUGACAAUGGAUCUCAGCAGCCAAACACAGUGGUUAAAUCAGCCUCUGGUAGUGCAGAUGGAAAAAACAUAGUCCGAAGUAAAUCUGCUACUCUUCUGUAUGAUCAGCCUUUGCAAGUUUUUCCUGGAUCGUCGUCAUCAUCUGAUUUAGUAUCUUCUACAAAGCCUGUGUUCAAGUUUGACUUGAAUCACAAUCCUGAAGGUGCUAACGUGGUGAGAGGAGCAGUGGCAAGUGGUGCACAGAUGUUCUGCACUCCCCAGUAUAAUAUUCAGUACAGCAGUAGUGCGACAGCCAAAGAUACCCUGUGGCCCCAGAAACAAAGCACCCAAGUAGAGCCAGGCAGCUUACCUCCUUCGCGUCUGCUUAGGUCUGACAGCACAGAAACCCCUAGCUAUGUAAAGCAUUCUGCCAAUAUGAACUUCUCCAAUCAUAACAAUGUUCGAGCCAGUACUGCAUAUAACACUCAUCAGCGGAUGGCUGGGAGACAUAUAGAUAUGUGGGCUAUUCCACCAAAUGAUAGACUGGUCCCAGGAGCAACCAGAAACACUCUUCAAAGGCAGAGUAGUGUAACCUCUACAGCUUCUGUAAAUGUUGGUGAUACUGGACCCUCAAGGCGGGCCCAGCUUCCUGAUGGGGACUACUUAACAUACAGAGAUUUGCAUUCAAUGGGAAGAGCUCCACCAGUAAUGCCUGGGCAUCAGAGACCUCUUUCUGCCAGGACAUACAGCGUUGAUGGUCCAAAUGUACCCCGACCACAGAGUGCUCGACCUUCAGUGAAUGAAAUACCAGAAAGAACUAUGUCAGUUAGUGACUUUAACUACUCACGGACUAGUCCUUCAAAGAGAUCAAACCCAAGGGUUAACUCUGAGCAUUCUUUAUUAGACCCUCCAGGAAAAAGUAAAGUCCCUCAUGACUGGAGGGAACAGGUGCUGCGACACAUUGAAGCUAAAAAACUAGAAAAGAGCAUGCUGUCUAGGUCCUUUAAUUCCAAUUACGCUGCAGUUAGCAGCUUUCACUAUGGCAGCUCUAGGGAUCUGCAUGGCAGCCAGGGUAGUGUUGCCUUGAGUGUUGCAGACGGAAGAGGUUCUGGUGUGCACGUUGUUCGACAUCCCCAGGCUUCUACACCAGGAGAACAGUGCCAAGAUGAGGUAUUCAUUUCGGGACAGCAGAAUUACUCAUCUGCCACGCUUAGUCUCAAAGAUGUUCCUCCAGACAGCAUGAAGAAAGUAGCUGUGCAGAUACCUUUGACAAAUGGACAGAUGUGCCAGCCACAAAGACCACAGGCAAACUACAGCCAAGUCCAUCAUCUCCCUCCUCAGUCAUCAGUAGCAAGACAUCCAUCUAGAGAACAACUAAUCGAUUAUCUGAUGCUGAAAGUUGCCCACCAACCUCCCUAUGCACAGUCCCAAUGUUCUCCCAGGCAAAGCCAUGAAAUGGUAAAGCAAGAGAUUCGAGUGAGAAUUGACAAGGAUCCCGAGCUUGGAUUUAGUAUAUCGGGAGGAGUUGGCGGUAGAGGGAAUCCGUUCAGACCUGAAGAUGAUGGUAUAUUUGUAACCAGAGUGCAACCAGAAGGACCAGCAUCUAAGCUGUUGCAACCUGGAGAUAAAAUAAUUCAGGCUAAUGGAUACAGCUUCAUCAAUAUUGACCAUGGACAAGCAGUAUCCUUGCUAAAGACUUUUCAGAAUGCAGUGGAACUCAUCAUUGUGCGAGAGGUUUCUUCAUAAAUACUGUGGAUAGGGGGGGAAAAGCUAACAAGAUUCAUCGAAGGACUUAUGGGGAACUGAGUAUUUUGACUAUUUUUAUAUAUGAAAGGAACUUGAAUUAUGAUCAAAAUUUGUACAGGAAAUGAAAUAUUGAACUUGUGGUUGAAGGGGGAAAAACCACUGUAUAGAACGUACAGGAAAUCAUUUUGGAAAUGCAUAUGGUGAAUAAACUUGUUUUUAAGCAUUA